AUGACACCAUCAACUCUCCUUUUCUCCUUCGCCGUCAUUUUCACCAUAACCACUGUCAACAGCCUUGGCUCCGCCUCCACCACCGCCAUCACCUACGCCACAACCACCAUCUGCGGCAUAGUCGCCGGUAAACCCCACCAAUACAUCCAAUGCUACCAACCCGGAAAACUCAUUCCACCGAUCCUUCCCAACGUUUCCUUUCAGUCCAUCUCCGGUGGCCGGAACUUCUUCUGCGGACUUCGUUCCGAUGGACUCAGUCUUCACUGUUGGAACACAAAGACACCAACUUUGGCUUUCAAAUUCAAAAGGGUCUAUCACAGUGAAAAAAUUCAGUUGAAUGAUGUAGCUGUUGGUGAUGAUCACGUUUGUGCUACAGAGUUUCAUUCUGGUGCGGUAAGGUGUUGGAGAGGUUAUGGUGAAACUCAUAAACUUGAGUUUCCUUCUCCGGAUGAAUCGUUUCGGUUUCGAAGCAUUACUUGUGGUUGUGGUUUUUGUUGUGGAAUAUUGAUGGAAAAUAACAGAGUUCAUUGUUGGGGUGAAAAUGGUGUUGAAAAUUUGAUUCAGAAAAAGUUUGAGAAUUUUUCAAUGUCAACAUUGGUUUCUGGUGUGUCUCAUGUUUGUGGUUUAACACUUAAUGGUGUUUUGGUUUGUAAAGGUGAAAACAAUGAUUCUGGUAAGUUAAAUGUUCCUUUCAAUUCUGGUUCUGUUUUUAAAGGCAUUGCUUUAGGAAAAGAUUUCACAUGUGGAAUUAGAACAAAAAAUGGAUUUGUUUUAUGUUGGGGUAGUUUUUUUGGUAAUGAUGCUAUGCAAGGUGUUUCCUUUGAGUCAAUUGUUGCUGGUUUGGAUUUUGUUUGUGGUUUGAGUACUAAUAAUUUGUCUCUCAUUUGUGGGUAUGCUAAGCCUCAUUUGCAUAGUAAUGUUUAUGUUCCAUUGGGAAUGAUUCUUCCAAGUCCAUGUGUUAAAGAUUCUUGUAACUCUUGUGGUGUGUAUCCAAAUUCUGAUUUUCUUUGUUAUGGUUUUGGAACUAUUUGUUAUCAAUGUGAACCUGAGUUUCAGUUUCCAUUACCUAUUCCAUUGCUACCACCAAUAUCAUCAUCACCUAAGAAAGAGUCUCCUUCAGAAGGAAAAGAGUUGAAAGAUUGGAAAUUGAUGGUUUUUUUUAUUGUUGGAUCAGUUGGUGCUUUUGCUGGUUUAUGUACAAUUCUUUAUUUUGUUUUGAUUGGAGUUAGAAGAUUUUUGUUAAAGGCAGAAAUUGAUAAUUCUGUUCAACCUACAAGUAGUGAAUCAGAUGAUGGUUAUGUUGAUAUAGCUCCUAUGUUAGACAGAACUGAAAAUUUCUCAUUUUGGGAGCUAGCUUCAGCUAGUGAAAAUUUCUCAAUGGUUAAUAAGAUAGGUGCUGGAAGCUUUGGAUGUGUUUACAAAGGGAAACUAGUCGACGGCCGCGAAGUUGCGAUUAAACGAGGCGACACAAGCACUAAGAAGAAGAAGUUUCAAGAGAAAGAAAGCGCUUUUGAUUCUGAGUUGACAUUGUUGUCAAGGCUUCAUCACAAGCAUUUGGUGAGACUAUUUGGUUUUUGUGAAGAGAAUGAUGAGAGGCUUUUGGUUUAUGAGUACAUGAGUAAUGGUUCACUUUAUGAUCAUUUGCAUGAUAAGAAAAAUGUUGAGAAAAAUAGUAGCAUUAUGAAUACAUGGAAAAUGAGAAUCAAAGUUGCAUUAGAUGCUGCAAGGGGAGUUGAGUACAUUCAUAACUAUGCAGUGCCGCCGAUAAUACAUCGAGAUAUAAAAUCUUCAAAUAUACUUAUCGAUUCGAAUUGGAAUGGUAGAGUUUCGGAUUUCGGGUUGUCAUUAAUUUGGCCGGAAAAUGAUCAACAAGAAUUGAUGAAUAGUUGUAAAGCUGUUGGAACUGUUGGAUAUAUAGAUCCUGAGUACUAUGUUAUGAAUGUGUUAACAACAAAAAGUGAUGUUUAUGGUUUAGGUGUUGUGUUAUUGGAACUUUUGACAGGUAAAAAAGCAGUGUUUAAAAAUGAAGGUGAAUCAAGUCCUAUUGGUGUUGUGGAAUAUGCAGGACCAAAGAUAGCUUGUGGAGAGGUGUGGAAUGUGUUGGAUCAUAGAGUUGGAUUACCAGAAGUGAAUGAAAUUGAAGCUAUUGAGAUUAUGGCUUAUAUUGCUAUGCAUUGUGUGAAUUUAGAGGGUAAAGAGAGGCCUAAUAUGAAUGAUAUUGUUGCUAAUUUGGAGAGAGCAUUGGAAUUUCUUGAGGGUAAUGUCUCUAUGUCUUCAUUUUCUGCUACUCUCUCAUGA